UAGUCCUUUCCGGAGGAUCCACAAUGUUCAGGGAUUUUGGACGCCGGCUGCAGAGAGACUUGAAAAGAGUGGUGGACGCGCGACUGAAGGCCAGCGAGGAGCUCAGUGGCAGUCGGAUAAAGCCCAAGCCUGUGGAAGUGCAAGUGAUCAGUCACCACAUGCAGCGCUAUGCGGUCUGGUUCGGAGGAUCCAUGCUCGCCUCGACACCAGAGUUCUUCCAAGUAUGUCACACCAAGAAAGAUUACGAAGAAUAUGGCCCUAGCAUUUGCCGUCAUAAUCCUGUCUUUGGAAUCAUGUCCUAGCACCCGUUUGGCGCGGAAGCGUCUGCUCUGGUGUCUCUUGCGUCUGACGGAGCUCCUAUGACUGUGGGAGAAGAGGAAAGCGCCGGGUUUGAAAUGCCGGGCCGUCGUGUGUAUGUCCACUUGCCUCGGCGGGGAGAACUUCAGUCCCAGGGUGCGCGCAUCGGAAUCACGCCUUGCAAUGCAGCCGAUAACCCAGAACCACUCUGGCGAAAAGCCGCCUACGUGCCAACUCUGUGACCCUCUCCUUUCCUCAGUGGUAGCUUCUAGCCAACGGGCAGCCCUUCCGUCUUGGGAGACUGUAGAAACACAGGAGUUGCGGGGAGAAACUGAGGCCAGGAAUACAAGCCGAACCUGAGCUCGCUGUCAUGUUGUUUCUGGAACCGGGAAGGGAUACGUGGUAAUUUUUCUCCUCGGGUUUCAGCCCUGCAGCCGGAUCAGCAAGGGUGAAACCCUGGGCUAGUAAAUGGUCACCUUUGGCUUCGUGGAGCCUCCUGGUCUUUCCGGGACAUAUUAGAUUGUAAACUUGUGGGGGCCUUAGUGAGUAGGAAAAUAUAACGCUCUAACCAUGCAAUACAAAUGUUUUAUUUUAGAGAGUUUUGUAUUUUCUGAAUUAUUAUUGUAGUGUGUGUUCUGGGCUGAAUGCAAACAGCAAGCGAUGUUGCUGGAGUUGAUGGUGGUGAUGCUGUUUUCCAGUUAGUUUGAAGUGUACCAGUUUUUCCUCCUUUGGGGGGGAUGUAUGUAUGCUUUCUUUCUUUUUUUCACGGUACAUCCUGAUUUGAGUGAAAUGUCUUCUUCUUUUUUUUUUUUAAAGCCCCUGAAAAUAUGUGUGAGAUUUAUU